CUCCAAGGCCUAAGCAAGCCACUUCCUGCAGCCAAGCGUCAUGGCAGAGCACGAUAUUGUGUUCGGCCGAAACGAGUUAUGCAGAAUGCUGCCGCCUGUUCCUGAGAUGCUCGCUGUUACGGUUCAAUGCUGCCGACUUCACCACACGGCUCACGGCAACACUUGCGAUGUCUUUACGUACGCUUUCGCGGCCGUGAGAAAGGAGGCUGAGCAGGCGAAGGACUACUCAGCAAGCAGUGUAUCGUCUGAGCCUUUGAUGGAGCAUAAGCCCAACACGUACUACUGACAACAGGGCUGCUGAAUGCUCCACGGUGACCGCAUUCCUUACAAGCCCGUCCGCAUGUCACUGCAGCGUCUCUCGGAUUGAGUUUUCACGCGCAACCUUGACUUGGGUGACUUACUCUGAAACCUCA